CUACUGGAGCUGGAGAAUCAAGCAUAGCUCAGCCGAGCCAGACCAAGCAAACAUAAUGUCAGAGACAAAUAACUGUAAGAACUCUCCUACAAAUAACAAUCAGAAUCAAGACCCUUCUAGAAAUGAGCUACAGGUCCCUAGGAGCUUUGUUGACCACCUUGUUCAGGAUGAACGAGAUGCCCAAAGCCAAAGUUCCUCCAUAAUAAAUAGCCUCCUUGCCUUGCUCGAUUGCCUUGGUGACUACAUCAUGGAGCAGGUAGGCCUGGAGGCCAGCCACAAUGACAAUAUGAACAACACUUCACAAGAUGGGGAGAGAGAAGUGGACAACAACCGUGAGCCCCACUGCCUCGAGAGUGAUGUAACCUCCUUUCUGUUGGAUGAGAUGCCUAAAUCUGAGAAGAAUGGCUGAAGACUGGGUCCCAGAGCCUGGAAGGGAUCCUCACAGGCUUAACCAGGGCAAAAACGUAUCAUAGCUGAGGAAUCCCUGCUGUUGUCAUCAACAAGUGCUAUUAAAGGAUGCAAAU